CUCAUCGCGUACGUGUUUCGAGCAAAUUCUUAAAAUUGUUUAUGAUAUCUCAUCUUAUCAACAUCUCUGCUAUCUCUUGGAUAAAAUUUAAUGGCUUGUCGAAAUAAAACUAAUACUAUGAUAUUCCAUUAAGAUCUCACAUUCCGUUAAGCCAAAAGUAUAAAAGAGUGAAAUUAAUAUCGAUUGUCAUCAGUUAGUGUAUUUCUGGUAUAUUUCCAACUUGUACGACUCUCGAGUGAUUCUAACGAGCAAGUAUGAAAAGCGCCAUAGCAUUAUGCCUUUUGGCUGUAAUUUGCACCGCCGAUGCAACCUUUAUAGAAAUUUUGCUACGUCAAAUACGGAAUACAGUACAGUCCGUGGAAAGUACCAUAAAAGAACUCGAACGCACUCACGAUGAUACCGAGCAGAACGUAAAACUGACGGUCAUGAAGAAAUGGAUACAAAAAAUGGAUGCGUAUAGCAAAUACGCCGAUCCGAUACUUGAGACGAUACGCAAAGAGGUGGAAGAGGCCAAAGCGAAGGGCAAGGAUGCUCAACCGUGUUACGAUGCUGCUCAUAAUAUUCUUAAAAGUAACGACUACAACGCUAUGUACUACGCCCGGCAAUGUCAAGAAUGCGCAGGAAAUGCCAUUAAGGACAACCUUAGUUUUAUCGAUAAUCUUAUCGCGACUGGACGCGAGCUAAUAGAAAAAUUGAAGAAAAUCUUCCCGGACUGUUACGAACAACAUUCGAGUCUUUGGGACAUUAUCAAGUUGCACAGUUGCAUCAACAAUCAGCUUGGAAUAAGCAAAGUUAGCGUGAAAAAUUUAAAGACUGAUGCCAGUUCCGCUAAAUCUACCGCUAAUUCCGCAUCCAAUGUCGUCCUUCAGCAGGCUACUGCUUGUCUGAACGACGUUUAUUCGACUGCGCAUUCGGAGGUCGCGGAGGCCAGGUCGGCGGCUACCAGGUGUCUCAAUAACCUCGGGAAUGCAGUGUAGAGAGAAGGACAUUUAUCUUUACCUAUGCUGUGUUCUUCGUCAAAGAUAUAUUUUACAAGACCGAUUUUGCAGAAAUUUCUAAUAUAGUUACAUCUACUUCUGUUUUCUUGUCACAAAUCUACGGAAUUUAAUCUUUUCCGUCAACUAUAAUAUUCUGUUGAAAUAAAUCAUUGUUGCAUAUACAAUAUUGUAUAUUUCACAUUUUCUUUGUCAAAACGCGAUAUAUACUAU